AUGGUGAGCAGUGUGUUGUGCCGCUGCGUGGCUUCCCCGCCGCCAGACCCCACCGCCUCCGCCUCGUCGUCCGCCUCAUCGCCGGCGUCCGUGGACCCGUGCGGCGGCGCCGUCUGCGGGGGCCCGGACCACAGGCUGCGCCUCUGGAGCCUCUUCCAGACUCUCGACGUCAACCGCGACGGCGGGCUGUGUGUCAACGACCUGGCCGUGGGACUUCGGCGCCUGGGACUACACCGCACCGAGGGCGAGCUUCGGAAAAUCGUACAAGCUGGCGACAAAGACCUCGAUGGGCAGCUAGACUUCGAAGAGUUCGUCCAUUAUCUCCAAGAUCACGAGAAGAAACUGAGGCUGGUGUUCAAGAGUUUGGACAAAAAGAAUGAUGGGCGGAUCGACGCCCAGGAGAUCAUGCAGUCCCUGCGGGACCUGGGAGUCAAGAUAUCUGAGCAGCAGGCAGAGAAAAUCCUCAAGAGCAUGGACAAAAACGGCACGAUGACCAUCGACUGGCAUGAGUGGCGAGACUAUCACCUCCUGCACCCCGUGGAGAACAUCCCUGAGAUCAUCCUCUACUGGAAGCACUCCACGAUCUUUGAUGUGGGUGAGAAUCUGACAGUCCCCGAUGAGUUCACGGUGGAGGAGAGGCAGACAGGGAUGUGGUGGAGGCACCUGGUGGCCGGCGGCGGGGCAGGAGCUGUUUCGAGAACCUGCACAGCCCCCCUGGACAGACUCAAGGUGCUCAUGCAGGUCCACGCCUCCCGCAGCAACAACAUGUGCAUCGUGGGUGGGUUCACCCAGAUGAUUCGAGAAGGAGGAGCCAGAUCACUAUGGAGGGGCAACGGCAUCAACGUCCUCAAAAUCGCCCCCGAGUCGGCCAUCAAAUUUAUGGCCUAUGAGCAGAUCAAACGCCUCAUUGGGAGUGACCAGGAGACGCUGAGGAUUCACGAGAGGCUUGUGGCAGGGUCCUUGGCAGGGGCCAUCGCCCAGAGCAGCAUCUACCCCAUGGAGGUCCUGAAGACCCGGAUGGCCCUGCGCAAGACAGGCCAGUACUCGGGCAUGCUGGACUGUGCCAGGAAGAUCCUGGCCCGAGAGGGCAUGGCUGCCUUCUACAAAGGCUACGUCCCCAACAUGCUGGGCAUCAUCCCCUACGCUGGCAUAGACCUGGCUGUCUAUGAGACGCUCAAGAAUGCCUGGCUGCAGCGCUAUGCAGUGAACAGUGCAGACCCUGGAGUGUUUGUGCUCCUGGCCUGUGGCACCAUGUCCAGCACCUGUGGCCAGCUGGCCAGCUACCCACUGGCCCUGGUCAGGACCCGGAUGCAGGCCCAAGCCUCCAUGGAGGGCGCUCCCGAGGUGACCAUGAGCAGCCUCUUCAAACAGAUUCUGCGGACCGAGGGGGCCUUUGGCCUGUACCGGGGGCUGGCCCCCAACUUCAUGAAGGUGAUCCCAGCCGUGAGCAUCAGCUAUGUGGUAUACGAGAACCUGAAGAUCACCCUGGGCGUGCAGUCGCGGUGA